AUGCAAUCAAAAUAUUACUGUAUCGGUGCAGGAUUCUGCGGGACAGUCUGGACCCUCGCUGAAGUUGGUCUAGCCAUCAAGCGAGAGGAUGGCGGUCCAGACAGGUCCCUCGCUAAUGAUUAUGCUAUGAACCAGCGAGUUCUUCGGUGUCUCUCGCGACUGACAGACAUCAAAAGUCGAAGAUCCAUUAACUACCAGGCAUUUCCCCAAGUUCGGGUCUCACAGUGCCAUCGCUUCAUCCCCCCAAGCGAUCGGUGGUGGUCGGAAAAUCUUCCUCUCUUUCCAUCGCAACACUCACCCUGCAAUGCCAUCGUCUCAGACCGCAUCCCCCCAUUUCCUGAGCAGACUAGAGAGCUCAUUGUCAACAAAUACUUCAAUCCAAAGAUACAAAUGGAGAUACUGACAACCGCAGCCAAUAGAGACUGUCUGAUACGGCCGUAUCUGGACCAGAUGGAAGACAUUGGUAUCUCGAUCGAAAACAUGCAGAAAUAUGCGCGAAUGAUGGGUGAAGCAUUAGCAACUCUACACUGGCUCGGCGAGAUGGACGGAAAUGAUAUUGAAUUUGUCCUGGCUCCUCUCCCUUUCGAUGAACAACAACCCAACACCGACCUAAUCACCGAUGUCCUCGGUCAGCAUACUAUGUGGAUGCUGGACUUCGAUUUAUGUCAGCCUAUGCCCAUGAGCGAUGAUGGGGUCCAGCAGGCUGUUACUGCUUUUUGGCGCAAUGAUCCCUUCUAUCCCCGACCGCAGAGAGAGCUGUGGGAUGUAUUUCGCGAGCAAUACUUGAUAACUAGCGAGACCAUCAUUUCUGGGUAUAAUCAGGUCGAUAUUGAUCAGCGACUGUCGCUUGCUCGAAGAUUUAUUGAAUUGAUUGAGACAAACUAG